AUGGUUAGCAAGUUAACCAAAGCGAUGGGAGCGCUCUCGCAGAAAGAUGAUGAUGACACCCAGACGACACCUCCGUCAUCAUUCCUCCCACCUACACACGCAGCAAGAUCACAGGAGCGUCGUAAAAGUGCUCGUCUUCACAAGGUGUAUGAUCCAAAUAGUGAGAAUGAUGGAUCAAUUGUGCCACAUGACUCGGGAACCGAGUCGGAUGAAGAGGAGUUGCAGACGAUCACUUCGAGAUUUUAUGAUCCACUCGAAUGCCUUCGCAACUACGACGACUACCUUCACUCGAAUCCACCACGAGUCUCGGCGAGUCCAGCGUGGAAACGAGAUCUCGACGAGACUGAAAGCUGGGACAGUUUCGGCCGCGAAUCGGGAAUCAUGACUGGUGACAACGACUCGGACACCGACGGCAUGGCAACACCAACUCCAGUCCGUCGUCGCCUCCGUGAAGACGAUAGCUCUCCAUCUCCAGGAAAACGUGGACACGAGGAGUCGAAUCCGAUGGCCGACCAUCCCAUCGCUUGGCGUCUUCGCUCAUUCAACAACGAUCGUGCCGUCAAAGUGGCGGCUCGUCGUUGUCCAGUCCAAGUUCUCAUCAAUCGUCCACCACUUCCAGUCGCCUAUCGUUUCGAUCAUAUCGAGGCGGAAGUCGAGGCGGUUGAGCUGAUGCCACCGGCGCCGGCGCCAAAGAGAGGACGACGUAAUAGUCAUCGUCCGUCGCUGGAUUUUGAGAAGAUGGUUCAGACCCGUAUCGAGGAGCAAUCACCAGCAGCCACCACCGCCACCGCUACUCCUCCAAUCAUCUCUCCAUCCUCCUCUUCCAGCUUCUCGGGACCAGUCACCCGUUCCCAAAUUACUCAAUAA